AUGAAGCACGACGACAUCGAGAAAAUCCAUGGAUCACCCUCCCUACACAGCAUGAGCCAACAUGAGCUCACUACCAGCUCCUCAAACGACCCUAUCAAGGAAACCAUCCUAGAGCCCAAACCACAAACAAGACUUCGACGAUGGAUCACCAAUGUGAGCAACGUGGAAGCUAGAGGGAUCGAGCCCGUACCCUUGGAAGAAAGAGAGCCGGUGACUUCUUCUACAUCACUGCACAUGAUGCUGCUCUGGUUCAGCAUGAGCUUGGCGACAAAUAAUAUCAUUGUUGGAUCAAUGGGAACGUUGGUGUUAGGGUUGAGUUUCAAGGAUGCGGCUAUUUGUGCGGUUUUGGGGAAUUUGGUGGGGACUACGACGAUUGGGUAUAUGAGUACUUGGGGACCAAGGAGUGGGAAUCGAACUUUGAUCGUUGCACGCUACUUUAUGGGGUACUAUCCCAGCAAAGUUUGCAUCGCAUUGAACAUCCUCACCAAUCUUGGCUAUAGCAUGGUCAAUUCUGUGACUGGAGGUCAGAUUCUCUCUAGAAUCUCUGGUGGGCACAUUUCAGUGCUGGUGGGUAUCGUUGUGGUGGCCUUCUCGAGCUGGACAAUGGCCAUGUUUGGAAUGCGCAUCUUCCAGAUCUAUGAACGAUUUGCAUGGCUACCUCAAUUGAUGGUUCUCUGCGUGAUGCUCGGCUCCGCAGGCCCUCAUUUCGACUUUACAGUCCAUACGCCCGUCUCCCAAGGCCGACUCAAUGCGAAACGAGUCACCUUCUUCUCGCUAGCUCUAUCCGUGGCUCUCGCAUGGGCACCUCUAGCCGCAGACUACUACGUUUACUACCCGCCACACGUCAAGCGCUGGCGCACCUUCAUCGUGACAGUACUAGGCAGCGCCCAAGCAAUGGUAAUCACCCUACUCCUCGGUAUCGGACUAGGUACCAUGAUGGCCAGCUCACCCGCCUACCUCACCAAGUACGGCUCCACGCCGGGUGGUCUGCUGAUGGCCGCAUAUGAUGCCCUCGGAGGGUUCGGCAAAUUCUGCGCCGUGAUCAACGUCCUGGCGCUGGUCACCAAUAACACUCCGGGAGCGUACUCGAUGGGCAUGAACUUCCAGAUGCUGGGUGGAUUCUUCUGGCGUGUUCCCCGACCUAUCUUCACUACCCUGGCGACUGUGAUUUAUACCGCUUGUGCGAUGGGGGGUCGGAAUUCGUUGUACGAGGUGUUCAAGGGGUUUUUGCCGCUUAUUGGGUAUUGGGUGAUGAUUUGGUUGAUUAUUGUGAUUGAGGAGGACGUGUUUUUCCGUCGUUUGAAGGGGUAUGACUGGUCGGCGUGGAAUUCGCCUCACCGAUUGCCCGUGGGUAUUGCUGCUGGUGUGUCCUUUUUAGUCGGAUGGGCCGGAGCGAUUAUUGGUAUGAACCAAGCCUACUAUAGCGGCCUUCUUGCCCAUGUUGCCUCCGGGGCAGACUUGGGCCUGUGGACUGGGGCAGCAUUUACAGCCGUGGUCUUUCCACCACUCAGAGCGAUGGAACUCUGGUAUUUCAGGCGCUAA